UGUGCUGCCUGUCAGGCUCUCUCUGUUCAUCAGAGUGCAGGGUGUUACAGAGGGCUUAAGCUUCAUCGGGUUCCCCUGGCUAGUUCCAUGUUGAGCCAGGGCUCCACAGGAAAGGAUAAAGCACUGAAGACUCAACCUGCAAGUCAACCUUUAGAGAAUCUUUAGACGGUGCGCAGUGGAGGCUGGGAUGUUAAAUAUCUUCAAGGCAGAGAUUGAUAUUCUUGAUCUCGCAAGGAAUUAAGGGCUACGGAGAGAAUAUGGAUCUCCUGUGACUAUCAGAGGAUGGUCAAUCUUCCACCAUUUCUAGAACAUUCUGUAUUCAAAAGGAGGCACUUCAUGAGGAUUACGCCAUUUCUAUGAAUUAAAGAGGGAUAAUCAUAGCAACCUCGCCUCAGCUUAAAGCAUACAUGGAGCCUGUGGUCCAGGGCAGAGUAACCAAGGAACUGAAGAUGUCCGAGAUGGUGGAAUUAAUUGUGGAGACUGCGGCUGAAGCUGGAGCAACAGGAUUCAGUGUGUCUGGUGGAGGCAAAGAAGGAAUCUUUGUCAAGGAGGUGCUGAAGGACUCAAGGGCUGCAAGAGCACUCAAUCUGAAGGAGGGAGAUCAACUUCUCAGUGCCAAAGUCUUCUUUGACAAUGCCAAGUACGAAGACGUACUGAAGAUUCUGCAGAGUGCCGAACCAUAUAAAGUUGCCUUCUGCCUGAAACGAACAGUGCCUAGUGCUGAUGUGGCCAUUUCAUCAGAGACUGGGAGCCUUGAACUGAAAGGGCCAGAAGCCAAAAAGACCAAACUGAGUAUCAAGAGCAUGUCGCCUGUCAAAAAAACCAAGAGAUUAAUGAAGGGGAAGGUCCUCAGCAAGGAAGAGGCAGAUGUUGAACUAGACGUGCCGGUGGACGUGGAGUUUGCUUUCCCUAAAUUCUCCACAUUUAAGAGACUGACUAUCACUUCCCCCAAGGAAGCAGCAGCUUUGAAAGGUGAUGCCAAGUUCAUCCAUCCUGAGGUGGAAGCUGAACUCACUUUGGGAGAGGGUCAGGUCAAAGACAAGAAGAGAAAACUCAAGUUCCCAGGCUUCUGGCCCAGUGAGUCAGGGAAGGCCAAACUUGACACCUUAGAGCCACCAAAGGAAAAAGGUGCUAUCUCAGUAAAGAUGCCACAGGUCACGAUGAAAGAACUUGAAGGCGCUGGGGUGGAGGUGAAGGCUGGAGCUAAAGUCCCCGCUCUCAAUCUGUUAUCUGCAACGAGAAAAGAGAAAGUAGAUGUCCCCACUUCCAAAAGUAAAACUGAACUCAAGACUUCUGGUGGAGCGGAGGUAACUGCUGGAGGAGAAAUGCCUGAAGGUAAAUUGAUCCUUGGACUCCCAGCGAAAGCCCCUCAGGUUGAGAUAGAUAUUGGCUUACCGAAAGCUGAAAUCGAUGUCAAAGGCCCAUCAGUUGAAGAAGAGGGCAAAGGGCCCAGCUUUAAGCUGAAGAUGCCGUCAUUCGGGCUAAAGGACAGUGAGGUUGUAGAUACGAUGGGUCUCACCGGCAAAGUAGAAAGACGAGAAACUGAAGCUGACCCAGAAGACAAACUGAAGAUGCCUCAGAUAUCGAUGCCUAGCAUUGACAUCUCUGUACCAAAAAUGAAACAAACCGAAGAGGUGGUUGUGCCUAAACGAGGCGUAGAAGUUGUUGUUGGUACUUAUAAAGCGGAAGGCUUGGAGGGAAGAGUUAAAGAAUUUGCUCACAAAGUCACAACAUUUGAUGUUUCAGCCCCCAAAGUCAAGGUGCCCGAUAUUGACAUCAGCCUGCCAAAGGCUAAAGCUGAUGUUUCAGCCACAGAAGAUGUUAAGAUCCCUGAUGCUAGAACUGCAAAGUUUGAGGGCGAAAUCCAGAAGUCAAAGAUUGGUAUCGAAGGACCAGAGAUCAAGUUGAAGAUGCCAAAAGUAUCGCUCCCAGACUUUGGCAUCUCUGUCAAGGACAAGGAAGGUGGGGAAAUGGAAGUUGAAGGCCCUGAUGCCAAAGGUCCAGUGUUAAAGGUCCCAAAAUUUGAAGUCUCACUUCCCAAAAUGAAACUGGGAGAAGCUGAGGUUGAUGGGACCCCACCAACAACUGAGGCACGCGUGAAAGUUCCUGUGUCCAAGGGACAGGUUUCCAAGGCCAAAAUGGACAUCAAGGGCCCUCAAGUGGAAGGAGGUGAGGCAAAAAUGAAACUGCCCUCAGUGAAAAUGCCAACCAUUGACAUUGCAGCGCCAAAGGUAACAAUUCCAGAUGUUCACCUCCCAACUGGUAAAGUAGAGGUCUCUCCUCCAUGUAUUACAGCUGAUUUGAAAAUGCCUAAAGUCAGCGCGGGAGGGCCAAGGAUUGAUGGGCAAGGGCCUGAAGUGAGUUCUGAGGGUUUCGACCUGAAGAUGAAAAUGCCAAAGGUGUCCCUCCCGAAGUUUGAUAUCUCAAUUGGUGGCAAAGAGGCUGAGGCAAAAGUGGAUGGAAAACUAGAGGCUGCUGCUGAAGACACUAAACUCAAAGGAAUGAAAAUCCCUAAAUUUGAGGUGUCCCUCCCCAAAAUGAAACAGGCAGAAGCUGAAACUGAGCUUCUAACUGAAGCAGAUGUAAGUGGCUUUGAUUUGAUUGGAAAACUGCCAUCCAUCAAAAUGCCAACAAUUGACAUUUCAGCCCCUGAGAUUAAGAUGCCUGACAUGAAGGCAGAGGUCUCAGCUCCGGCUGUCGAAGGUGGCUUCAAGCCUCCGAAAAUUGGCAUUGGAGUCCCAAAGAUCGACAAGCAACCUUCGGAAUUGACACCAGAGGCCCUCGACCUGCAGUUGAAGAUGCCAAAAGUGUCGCUGCCAACCUUUGGCCUCUCAGCCAAAGAUGUGGCAGGGGAAGUUAGUGGCCCUGAGGUGGACAUUAAGGGGAAAAUGCAGUCAGUCAAAAUGCCAACUAUUGAUAUCUCAGCGCCUGAGGUCAAAGUACCUGAGCUAAACAUUGACAUCUGCCUUCCGAAAGAAAAAGGAGAAACUGCUGAGCUUGCUGUCACAGGGGAUGCUAAGGUCUCUGAUGUUGGCUUUAAAGCACUAAAGGUUACCAGGGAGAGCCGAAUGCCUGGAAUCACCCCAGCAGGCACUGAUGCUAUGUUUCAAAUGCCAAAGGUGUCACUUCCAAAGUUUGAAAUUUCACUAAAGAGCAAAGAUGCCGGAGAAGACAUUGACAUGAAAGCAAAGGAAGGAUUGGACGUUGAAGGUCUAGAUGGGAGUGGAAAGAGUCCACAGCUUAAAAUACCCAAAGUGGCAAUGGCUCUUCCUAAGAUUAAGCCAGAUGAGGUUGACAUAUCUGAGGUUGAAGCCGACACCAAAUCUGGCAAACGAGACGCUAAAGUCUCAAAGGGUGAAGUCGAGGUGGAGGGAGUUGAAAGUUCAAAGGUUAAACUGAAACUGCCAUCGAUGAAAAUGCCAUCCAUUGAUAUUCCCACCUUUCAGACGGAGGGCCUGAACGUUGACAUCAGUCUUCCUUCAGUGAAAUCAAAGCCAACUGCUGAAGGCGAUUUCAAGACUGACAGAGGUGGCAUUGAAGGACCUGAUGCCAAAGUGAAAAUGCCCAAAGUGUCUCUGCCAAAAUUUGGUUUGAAGAGCAAAGUGGACAAGGAGGCAGAUGGCAGCCCACUGAAAGUUGACGGGAAAGCAUCUUCGCCAGGAGCAAAGGGAAAAGUUCAAGUCAAAAGUAAAUCCCUCGACAUUGGGAUCAAAGGGCCUUCUGUCGAUGUAGACACUGAUGAUGUAAAGCAUAAAGGGAAGGAAGGCAAGCUUAAAGUUCCCAAGUUCAAAAUGCCAACAUUUGGAACACCCAAAAAAUAUGAAGCGGGUGUUGACAUCACCACCCCUGAUGUUGAAACACGCACUUCAAAAGGCAAGCUUCAAGUUAAAGGAGCAGAGCUUGAAACAGGAAGCCCAGAGGGAAAAGGCAGGACUUCCAAAUUUGGGAUUUCAGCAUUCAAAAGCAAAUCCCUGGAUACUGAAGUGAGUCUUUCCUCAGAUACUAAGUUGUCAAAGGGAAAAGCUGAGGUGAAAGAUCCUAGUGCCAGGAUGAAAGCGCCUAAGAUGGACAUCAGCAUUAAGGCUCCUGAUCUGAGCACUGGAGCCCCUGAGAUCAAACUGAAGAUGCCUUCCUUCUCAAUGCCCAGCAUUGGUAUAUUGGGAUCAAAAGUAGAAGCAGACCAGGAAGGGGGGACCAAGGCCACAACUAGUACUUCUGAUGCCGAAGUAGAAAGCAAGUUGAAAAUGCCAAAUAUACAGAUGCCAGCUAUUGAAAUUUCAGUGCCUCAGGUAAAGCAGGCAGGCAUUGAAGGACUGUUGCAAAUGGCAGAGGUCGAUGUCUCGGAAGUCGAUCUGAAAACUUAUGGGGGAGAUUUAAAGAUUCCAAAGGUGAAAGGUGAGGUGCAGGACAUGGAAGGGAAACAGAAGGCUUCAUUGGUGAAAAUGCCAUCCGUCGACAUUUCAUUGCCCAAAGUGAAAGCUCCAGAUGUCGACCUGAGUUUGUCCAUGCCCAAGGUUGAUGCCUCAGGGCGAAAAGUUGAAGGUGAGGCUACUUUACUAAGCGCUGAACCUGAAGAUGGAGAAUUCAAACUAAAAAUGCCCAAGAUCGGAAUGCCCAAGUUUGGCAUAUCUGGGUCAAAGGAGAAAGAGACUGGUGUUGAUAUUUCGGCUUCUACAGAUGAUCAUACAGAGGAUCCUGAAGGCAAAGGGAUUAUGUUCAAAACAAGAAUGCCUAAAGUUGACCUUUCUCUCCCCAAAGUUAAACCAUCAGAAGCUGAUAUUGAGAUGGAUGCCGCUCUGCUUGAGGCUGAGGGACUUGAUGCAGAAGGAAAAUUCAAAAUGCCUGGAUUUACUCUUCCAAAGUUCUCACCACCGAAAAUGGUGGCCCCAGAGCUGGACCUCAAUAUCCCGUUUUCCAAAGAUAAAAAGAUGGCUAGUGAGACAACAGAGGCCAAAACCGAUACUCAGACUGCAGGGGGUGAAUUUCAAAUAAAGAUCCCUCAGGUGUCUUUGCCUGGUUUUGGCAUUUCAUCAGCAGAGGAGACCAGCACAAGUGUGGACGUCAGUCUUCCAACCGACAAAAUGAAAGCAAAAGCAAAAGUAGAAAUUAAAACCCCUCGGGUGGAGGGAGGGACUGAAGUAGAAAGCCCUGAGGGGAAGACCAAAGGGGGCAAAAUCAAGAUGCCCAAGUUGCAAAUCAGCACCCCAAAGGCCAAGACCGAAGUGGAUGUGGCUGCAGCAAAAGAGGUUGCUAAAUCUGGCACUGAAACAGACGGAGGAAUAUUGAAAUUGAGCCUGCCGAAAUUUGGGAUUUCACCAAAAUUAACUGAAACAGAAGUCGAUUUAGAGCUACGGGGCUUGGAUGGGAAGCUCAAAGAAUCCAAAGCGAAAGGGUCCAUGUUUGGCAUCUCACUUGGGAAAGGUCACAAGGACGAUGGUGAAACUCUGGGAGUUUCCAGGGUGGCCGAGGGAGCCUUCGAAGGAAAUGGUGGCAGGAAAUCGGACAAGUUCAAGAUUAAGAUGCCGUCGGUCACCAUCCCUAGCCCAAAAGUGGACGUCGAUUUUGGCAGAGCUUCACCAAAAGGCAAAGUUACCGACCAAGAGGCCAAAGCUGCAGUGAAAGAAGCAGGGGGAGUCAGGAUAAAAGGUGAGGUCCAGGAAGUGAGCUCAGAGGGUCCCGAAUCCCGAUUUAAAAUGCCCACAUUGAGGAUGCCAGAUUUUAGCACUUCUGGCAACAAAGCCAAUCAGGUGACGGUGGGAACCAAGGUAAUGCAGUCAGAAAGGGAAACCCGCAGAUCGAAAGUUGAGGUGGAUCUUGAGGGACCAGAGGAGGACGCAGAUGGGAAGCUCCAGAUGCUGAAGGUGAAGAUGCCCAAAGUUGAGAUUGGUUUGCCAGGAGAGGACUUGGACAGAGCUGGAAAAAUGGAGGUCAGAGCUGGAGCAGAGACAUGGCAGAUUGGCCAAGUGACUUCAGAAGAAAUAUCUGCCAAGACUUUCUUCAAGAUGCCUACUGUUGAGAUUUCAACACCCAAGAUCAGAGAUUCAUUGUCUGGGGUGGAAGGAAGCACCACUGAAAUUGGCCUCCAUCAACUGGGUGAAAGAGGAGACUCAGCGGAGGGGGACACUGAUAUCCUUCAGCUGAGGAUGCCCAAGAUUGAGCUGCCCUUGUUUGGCUUAUUGGAACCCAAAGAGGGCAGUCAGGCACGAUCAGGAGAUCAAAGCAGCACAGGGGCUACUGUGGGUUCCUCAGUGUCAAAGACUAAAAUAGAUUUUCAAGGGCCAAAAGUGAGCAUCAAAGGGUUGCAAGUUCUGAAAGGUUUCAAAGAUUCUGAAAUGGAGGUGACUGGAGCAGAGCCAGAUGCUUCAGAAAGCAGACUGAGCAAGCUGAAAGGGAAAAUGUCAAAGUUCGGUGUGGAGUUGCCAAAAGUCACACAGCAAGAAGAGGCGAGGAUGGGCCCUGGUGUAGUUAAGGCUGAGGGCACAGCAAAGGGAAGUUAUACAUCACUUAAGGCUGACAUUGACUUGCCUGAUGCAGAGCUCAGGGGAUCUGAAGCAAAAACAAAAACUGACAAAGCCAGAAAGCAGGUGCUCGGCUUUGCAAAGGCCAGAAUGAGAGGCAAAGACCUGACCGGCCAUUUACUGGAAGAAGGUAUCAAAACGUCUUCACCCAAGGCCAAAGGACGUAGCAAAUCGCCAUCUGCGAAGGGGAACAUUGACAUUGGAACUCCACCAGAGGGUGAUAAUGCAGCGGUCAAAGUAAAAAUGCCCAGUGUGAAGAUGCCGAGUUUUGGAAUCUCCUUGUCUAAAAGUAAAACUGCAGAGUUCAACGGGGGUUUGGAGGCUGACAGGCACCCAAGAAAAGGAGAGGCUUGGAAAAAGGCUGCAGGAGCUGAGGAAAGUGAUGACACGGAUAGUUCGGAUGGGAAAUCCAAAAUGAAACUGAAGUUGCCCAAGAUCAGUUUCACGCCUGUUAAAAUACCCACGGUUGAUGUUGCUUUGGGUGCACCUGCUUCACCUGUUGCAGGGAAAUCAGGCAAUGCCUCGGAUCUUCAUGUUAAUGGAGAGGGUGAGAUGGCUGGCAGCCAAGGCAUGAUGGGAAAAAUCAAGCUGCCAAAAGUGGAAUUUUCCUCGCCAUACCUGAAAGCCAAAGACAGUGACUAUGAGCAAAGCCUCCAACUGGUCAAAACAGAAAUGUCAGUGUCGAAAGAUGAUGCUGGGUCCAAGUCCAGUACUGGCCCGUCUCCCAGGUCCUCAUCCCCACAAAUGAAUGGAGAGGACGCAAAAGGCAAAGGGCUGAAAAUAACCUUCUCAGGCCUCCAAAAGAAAAGCCAUGAAAGGGAUGGAGAGCCAGAUGGGUCAAAUCUGGUGACAUCAACAGCCAGGACUGAGAUGGUUCUGCUGGAGUCCAGUGGGGAUGCCAGACAUACCAAGACUAACAAGUCAAAAUCCAUAGUGGGCUUUACUUCAGGUAAAUCCAAAGGAACGUACUCUGUUCAUGGCACUGCAUCAGGCCUCUCUGACUCGGGGAAAGUGUCCAAACUAAAGACCACCACAGACGGUCAAGGGGGUGAGAAAGAAGAGUCGGAAAUGAAGGAUAAGUCCGCUAAAUUCAAACUCCCCAAGUUCUCCCUCGGCCCCAAGUCUAAAGGGGUGUUGGACGUCACCACUACAGAAUACGAAAACAAUGUUAUGUCAGAACUACAGCUCGACGAUGAUGAGUCCACAGAAAGACACUUUAAAUUCCAAAUGCCCAAAGUAGGCUUCACAACCGUCUACCAUGAGGAGCACAUUUCUGAGGAGAAGAUCUUUGAAGGGGAAGGUCCUGUCAUGGGAUCGAAGGGCAAAAAACAAAUGAAAAUUGAAACUCUGACUGAUAAGUCAACAAGCUUUUAACUGAAGGUCAGAAACAGCAAGAAGUGAGUUCCCGAGUAGACAGAGACUUGAGUGUUGUACAGAUUUCCCUCACUUCCAUCAAAUUAACAGCGUUCCUGUGUUUCAGAGCAAACAGAUAAAGGUGACUGGACUACAACUCGACACAAUACAGGCUGCAAUCUUCAUGGACUAGCAAUGGUAGUUCAAACUGGACUGUAUGUUAUGAUCACGCUGCUUGUGAUCUUCUAAUGGAGGCUGUGCACAGAACGUUCAUUAUGACUAACACUCACCAACAUUCUUUCUCACAUCCACUCACCCUUUAAUCUUCUUUUGGUUCCUUCAAAACAUUCUGUUUCAAUUGAUGAUUUUCCUCAAGUAUUGUGGUCUUAUUAUAUUAAUUAUAGAUUAAAAGUCAAUGACUUAGUUACUGAUUAAAAGGUUUUUAUGGACAAUUGUUUUCAUUUGGUCAUGAUUUAGGGUCUCUAGGAAGAAACCAUUUCAGUCUUCAGGCAGAGUGAAGGGGUCACAUGGUGGGUUAGCACUGCUGCUUCACAGCGCAAAGGACCUGGGUUCGAUUCCACCCUCGGGCAACUGUCUGUGUGGAGUUUGCACAUUCUCCUUUUGUCUGCGUGGGUUUCCUCUGUGUGGCCCUGGAGAUGUGCAGGUUAGGUGGAUUGAUAAUGCUAAAUUGUCCAUAGUGUCCAGGAAUCUGCAGCAUAAAUUGACUAACCAUGGUGAAUUCAGGGUUAUGAGUAUAGGACAGGGGGAUUGGGUCUGGUUGAGAUGCUCUUUGGAGGAACGAUGUGGAAUCCAUGGGCCAAACCCGACUGUAGGAAUUCUGUGAACAAACAGGAGGAAAGAAGAAGGUAAAUGAAUUUGAGUGAAAGUAAAAUCUAGAGAUUGAGUUAAUUAGACAGGGUUCAAGAAGUGUAUGAGGCUCAAAGGGUGAAUAGGAUGGCCACCAGUGAAUUCCAAUGGGGCAAACCAGCCCUGUACUGUUUGCUUUGCCUUUGGCUUGAAGAGUUAUUUCAAAGGGAUCUUGGCCAGUUGCAGACCAUUUUAUUCAACUGCAAAGCAGCUGUGUAAAGAUGAGAUGUCGUGUGGGAGGGAAGGUUCCAGCGGCGAUCAAACUUGAACUUGUGUUUGUUUUAUGUGGAGCAACGUGUGGACAGGCUACAGAAGCAUCUCAAAACUCCUGAACAAUUAUGAAGAGCUCUUAAGGAGCCUAAUUGAGCAAAGUUGAAGCAUUUGUAUGCCAUUAAUGGUCCUCAUUAGCAUAUAUGACCUGCUUUUGUAGUACAAUUAGCCCCUCUCACGUGAAGAGUUAAUGAGUGUAGCCAGUGACUAACCUAGAUCAAAGUGGUGAGUGGGUGUCAUUUUGCUUUUGAUGUAUCCAUUCAAACUCAUUGGCUUUAAAUUAUUAGAACACAGAAAAUAAGCUGCCUAAGGUAUAAUAUAACUGGAGGGUGUAGCAGAACCGAGAUCUUGUUAGGUAGACCCACCAUAGUCUAUUGUGAAACCUUUGUGACAAACUCUCUGACAGAAUGAGACUGGAUGACUUUGUUCAACUGAUGCAGAGGUUCAGAAUGUUUACAGGACACGACCUGGUGAAUAGGGACUGGAUUGCUGGAUGCAAUCCUGAGUUCGGCAGUUCAGGAAUCUUGGAAAGGAUCUUGGAGAGAGUACAGAGGAUGUUUACUAAGAUGACACCAGGCACCAAGCACUCAAUGGGAAAGCUGAGGAUUGAUGUCCUGGAGAAAGUUCAGGGAGAGGCGUACAGAACCAUGAGAGGCUACCGACGAAACAAGUGGCAAGAACCCUUCCCUUUGGUCAAGUCAAUCAGUUCCCAGAGUUCAGAGAAGUGCAGUAAUUGACAGGAGGAGAAAAUAAAGAGAAACGGCAAGGUCUAAUGAUCCAGAAUUUGCAGCCGACAUCAAGCAGAUUCCAUGAAACUCGUCCAAAUGGCAUCAAUCAUGUAGUUAAAAGGAACAAUUGGCAGGAUUAAAGGAUAAAAUAUGAAUGUGGAACAAAAUUGGAUCAGCACUCUCAAAGAGCUAGCACAGGCAUCAUCUGCAGAAUAGUCUCUCUCUGUGCUAUCAGAUCCACAAUUCUAUCACCUGACUCAAACAGACCUUCAAUGGCAGAUAUAUGUUUCAAUGAAAGAAGUUACCAGUAACCACAUGUACUUAAUAGACAUAGCUGAGAAGGUGAAGAGUUAAAUGAUAAUUAAUUAAUUAAAAGAUUUGAAUUCAGAUGAAUGAAAUUUUCACAAACUCAAAGGAGGUUGUACCCUCUUUGGUAGAAACUAAAGGCACUUUCUAUUAAUUUUAUUUUGUGAUCUAAUCUGGUAACGUCGGGUGGUGAGGGUUGAAUUGGUCAAAGCUACUGGUAAUGUCAGGUUAAAUCAGUCAAGACUUGUAAUGUCAGUCAGUUUAAGUCGGUCAUGGCUGGUGAAAGUCAGGUAAAAUUGGUCAGGGUUUGUUGGUAAGUAAUAGUUCCUGUUCCCCAUUAAUCUUAUUGUUACCUACUUUUUAUGAAUUUCAUCCACACAUAUUGGCUGCCAGCUUCUUUUGAAACAUUGUUUGUUGGCCACACUCGCCUCUAUCUGAUGUUUCAUACUAAUGUUUCAAAAACUGAAAUAAAGUACUAACAUCACACUUACAUAGUACAUCUGGAGAAAGUGAAGAUAUUAUUGUGGUGAAUGCAGCGAUUUGCAGAGAUCCCACUUGAUGCAUUAAAUUCCCGCUUUUAAUAUUGUGUGUGCAAAAAAUAUUAAAUCUUGUUUGAAAUGAAGAUGUGUUGAAACCCUUUAAGUAUUUUCUUAAAGGCAAUGUUCUUGCCAAUUGCUCAAGAGAUAUUUUCUUCUCCAAACUAAAAGCAUUCCCGAAUCUGAUGCGACCUCAGCUAUCAGACCAUAUUUUUACAUGUUAAUUAAUAGAGGGAACAACACGAGAGACAAUAUCUUAAGACAUUUACCCAUUUAUAAGCAGUUGAAGCUCCUCCACCUCCCAAUCAACUGUUACACUCUCAGAUUCCAGCAUCUCCAUCAUGCAGGCAUACGCAUCCCACACUCAGAUACCAGCUCUUUAUCACACACUCACUAAUUCAUGCUCAGAUUCCAGUUUUUCCAGCGCACACAAACACACUGCCCUACUCUCAAGUACCAGCUCCUCCAUCACACGCAAAUUGUUUCACUCUCCAAUACCAAUUCCUGCAUCACACAUAGCCAAACACACACACUACCCCAGUCUCCGAUACCAGCUCCUCCAUUUCACAUACACACAUACACACACAGUUCCAGUCUGAGAUACCAGCUCUUCCAUCUCACACACACAGAGUAUCCCACUCUCUGAUAGCAGCUCCUCCAUCACAGACACACAUGCAGACUAUCCCACUCAUGUUGAGGAAUAGUUUCUGACCACACCUGUUGAGCUGAAGUUAGGCAUAUGAACCAUUUGUGGUCCCACAAUCUGGUUGACUUGUCUCCAGUUGGCCUUGGUCUGUCACAGAGGAACCAUGUUAUUAGAGGUUACCCAGAGAUACGUCCCAGUGGCUUAAUACACAGCUGUAUCUGGUACUGGACUAUUUGUGAACCCGAAUCAAUGUACUCAACCUACUGAGUACAUUGAUGAUAUUACACAAUAUUUACAGUAGGUUAACUUAUAACCCUAUGAAUUCAGGUUUUAAGUUUGAUCACAAAUAUAAUCAGGUUUGUCUCAUGAUGCUAGUGAUGGAUUUGGAAAUGAGUUGGUGAAAAGUGUACUUAAACCAUUCAGAAUUACAGGACAUUAAAUGUGGAAAGAAUCAGAGCAAAAUGCACUGCUGCAGGGAACCAAAUAUCUCUUGACAUGGUCUACUGCUACUAUUUUUGAUCUUUUUAUGAUUGUAACAUGAAAAGUAUGGAAUAUAUUUUUAAUGAAUAAUUUUAACCAUGUAUAAUAAAGAUGAGGAAUUCUCACACCAA